AUGGACUCGCUGGGACCCUACGCCUUGAUUGCCUUGACAAUCUCCUCAUGUCUUCUGGCCUUGAACUCGGCCCAAGUCUUCGCAUAUGGACGGACCCUGCAUGUCGUCGGCCUGAUCCUUGCCAGUAUUGGUGCUUCUCUACUGGCCCUAUCGCGAUACCUUGUCAAAAAUUCCACUUCCGCCUAUGACGAGCUACCUCUCGAGGAAUCCAAUACCGAUGCUUCCAUCUCGCCACGUUCGCCUGCAUCGCCCAGCCUAAACCAUAUUCAUGCUUCUCACACUAGUCUGCGCAAGAUGCGACUCGCUUUUGUGCUCUUGGCACUCCUGAUAUGCGCGCGCGCUGAGACUAUUAGACGUCUUGUCAGAGAUGUCCAGUGUAUUGGUCCUGCUUACACUGAGUUUAUUCCCCUGGGGCUCGCUAUCGUCGACUUUUGCAUCUAUCGCAGACACAAAUUCUCUUCUCCAGAAAACAACUCUGACCUGAGUAUGUACGAACUGCUGGAGUACACCUGGUCCACCAAUCGCUUUCGCUAUAUCAUCAUCACCACUGUGUUCGCUCUUUCGAGCGCUAGUAUUCUGCAUGGGAGCGACAGCCACUCUUCUUCAUACAUCUGCACUCCUGCGACUCACGAUAAAAUGAUUACGAUUCAGCGCCUAGCUUUGAUUCUCGACUUCUGUAUUUUUUUCUGCUUGGACGCAUUGAUACGUUCCUACCCUAAUACCGGCAAAAUCUCUCCUGCCAGAUCGUUGAGCAUUACCGGAUGGGCUUGUCUUCUUUCUGCCUCGGCCAUUGGCAUAUGGGGUGUAAUUUGGUUCCUUGCCGUUCCCGAGGAUAGAUUUUGGGUACUUGAGAUACCCCGUGGCUUCAUCUGGCGAGUGGUCAAACUAGCCAUAUUGUCUUGUAUCGCAGCAGUAUCUACAUGCAUUACCGUGGUCUCAGAAGACCACCGUCGCAAGAAAAACGCAAUGUUUUCUGAGACGCCAAUUCUCCUUAUCGGGCUCAUGGUUGUGCUCUUUAUUAUUCGCUUCCUGAUCUGGCUUGGUCAUAUCACACAUGUCGCAUAUCACCCUAUCGAUCUCCUCAUACACGAAGCCGGCGAUCGCCACAAAGUUUAUACUGGACGUGCAUAUUCAAGCGCAAACCUCACAGCUGCCGUGAUUGGGUAUCAGUAUCGUCACGGCAGGAACCCUCCACCAAAUUUUCACGAAUGGUACCGAUACGCGAUCGGCCGUAACUCUUUAAUCAUUGAUGAAUUUGAUAAGAUUCACGAAGACUUGUUACCCUUCUGGACACUGGAUCCAUCGGAGGUCAGAGAAAGGACAUGGCACACUACAUCUAACCCUUGGAACGAUGUUGCUGGAAUCAGCAUACGUAAAGGCAAAGCUGAGAUUAGUCCAUAUGCGAUGGCGACCCACAGAUGGAUGCUCGAUGGUAUCGUCGACAUGAUCAGUCACUUCAGCGAGUUCUUACCGGACAUGGACUUGGGCUUCAACUUGAAUGAUGAGUGCCGUGUCGCUGUGCCGUAUGAGGAUAUACAAGCAAGAAAGAAGGCCGCCAAGGGUAACGGCGAUCUCAGCAAGAGCACACGAAACUCGUUCAGUGGAAAGCGUGGAGACACUUGGAAGCCCAUACCUGAGGAAUCUAGUGGCAUCACGCCGUUCCGAGAGAUGUCGUGGCAGAAGACGUUCAAUGAGUUUGGAAUGGCUGGCUGUCCACCAAGCUCUGCCGCACGUACCUCGUUGCACUGGGACACCAGGACUCUAUGUACAUCAUGCGCGGCUCCACACUCGCUGGGAGCAUAUCUGUCCAACUGGACCAAGAGUGCGAACAUCUGCCAUCAACCUGACAUAGCAACUCUGCAUGGCUUCUACCUCUCACCCGCCGCCUUCAAAGCGACUCACGAGCUAUAUCCUGUGUUCUCACAGUCCAAAGUUCAUGGCUAUAACGACAUUAUGUAUCCAUCUGCAUGGAAUUAUAUGGACAAAGCCAAAUAUGAUCCCAACGACGAACAUCAAGACUUGCCGUGGGACGAGAAGAUGCGAACACUCUUCUGGCGCGGUGGCACUUCCGAAGGUGUCUCUUCCAACACGGGCGUAUGGAAGGGUAUGAGCCGUCAGCGCUUCCUGAACCUAGCCAACAACAUCGCCUCCAGUCUAUCACCACAGCCAGUUCUUCUUCCUUAUCCUUUCGCCAAGAAGCGCAAGCAACUUGCUUAUGUGGACGUACCCGCCUCCGAGCUCGCCAAGCACGUCUCCGUGGACGUGAAGCUCGUGGAACACAUCAUCCGCUGCGGCGGCAUCGACUGCGAAGAUCAAGAUCGCCAUUUCGCGCCCAUGGCCUCACCCACUGACUUCCAAACUCACUGGUCUUAUCGCUAUCUACUCGACCUCGACGGUGCCGCGUUCUCCGGCCGCUUCAUCCCAUUCUUGCAAUCGCACAGUUUGCCUUUCAAAGCAGCUCUGUUCCGCGAAUGGUGGGACGACAGACUAACGCCCUGGCUCCACUUCGUACCUCUUGAUCUCCGAGGCCAUGGUUUCUGGGCUACUUUGGUAUACUUCAUGGGACUUGAAGCCAAGGUGCAAGGCAGACAGAUCAUGCUGCCUGCCCAUGACAAGCAAGGACAGUAUAUUGCAGAGGCUGGUAGGGAGUGGUCGAAUAAGGUAUUGAGGAAAGAAGAUAUGGAGAUUUACAUGUUUAGGCUGUUGCUUGAGUGGGGGAGGAUCACAGAUGAUAAAAGAGAGGAGUUGGGGUUGGGGGUUGAGGAGGCGGAGAAGAUUGGGAGGAAGUGGGUGGAUGAUGGCAAGAUGUAUUAUGGUGAUAAGCAUACGUAG